AUGGUCAUGCCGCUACACAUGCUUUUCCUGUCCCGACCGAUCUUCUUUACCUCGCUGCUCACGGCUAUCGGAUACGGAUGCGCAUAUAUCUUAUACACGACCAUCCCGACAACAUUCGUCGAGACUUACGGAUGGGCGCCCAAAAAUCUGGGCCUUGCUUAUCUCGGUACGGCUGUCGGUAACCUCAUUGGUAUGCUUGGAGGCGGUGCAAUUAGCGACAGCCUCGUCAAGCGGAAGGCACUCAAGGGCGACGCGAGACCGGAGAACAGGUUGCUAUUCAUGAUUUUCUGGUGGCCGCUUGUGAGUAGAGGGUUGUUCAUCUAUGCUUGGACGGCUCAGUAUGGUGUGCACUGGAUUGCGCCGUUGAUCGGAACGGCGGUGUUUGGUGCUGGGUCUAUGAGCGCUAUCUUCUUCACAGGCACAUACAUCCUAGACGCCUACCCACUCUACUCCGCAUCUGGCAUGGCCGCCUGCUCAGUCAUGCGCUCGCUCGUCGGCGGUCUCGCGCCUCUCUUCUCGCAUAAGAUGUAUCAAAAGCUCGAUGUGGGAUGGUCCUUUUCGUUGCUUGCGUUCAUCGCUCUUGCUUUCGCGCCCGUACCGUGGGUGUUUUAUACUUUCGGUGAGAAGUGGCGUGCUGGUGAGCGUUAUGGAGGGAGGGGCGACACGGGUGGGUUGGAGCGAGAACAGGUGGGAUCAAGGGUCAUGAUGGUGGAGGUAGAUGGGAAGGCGCUUGCGUGA